CACACAUUACAAACACACUAUCUCUCCCCCUCGUUCCUUUUCCACUCACCACACGCUGCUCUUUGCCGCCUCUCUGCAUCUGUCCUCUUCUCCUCUCAAGUGACCAUGCAUCGUAGUUGCUCUUCCUCUCUGCUUGUCUCAGACUGUUCUAGGGUGCCUUCAUUGUCAAGUGGAGCCUUCUCGCAUCCACACCAGGGACAGUAAACGCCUGCUGUUGCAGGACUUCGGGGACAGGAAGAAACCGGUUGUUGAGUUCCUUGGAGACCUCUGCUGGGGACCUCUGCGAAGACCCACAUCUCAAGCAGUCAGGAAUCUCUCAGCUCGGCACAAUUUGCAGACAUCGAUGACGACUCAUUGCAUCUGGAUUCAGACCUUCUCUGAAUGCAGUGAUCAGGACUGCAUGGCUGUUACAUCAAGCUCAGUUUUUCCUCCAAAGGACACUCAUGCUUCAUCAUACCUGCCUAUGACUUCCAUAUGAGAUUCCGCAGCUCUGAGCAGAAGAGGCCCCGACUUUCGACUUCCAGUCAUCAUAAAAACGAUCAGGUUUCUCCGCCUCGGAGCAGCUCUCGUGGUAGUGGCGUUUGUUUCUGCCCACAGCCAUGCAGGUGUCCUUCGCGUGCACAGAUCAUGGGCUGAAGGCCCCGCGUAACGGCGAGCACAGCAAACAGAACACCACCAGCCCAAACACCACCAGCCAGGCCCGGGCUCGCUUUCGCACCGUGGCCCUGAUAGCUCGAAGUCUGGGUUCCUUCACUCAUCGCUACCACCACAACCUCAAAGAGUCCACAGCCAAGCUCACGGGCAUGAAGUAUAGGAAUCUUGGGAAAUCUGGUUUGCGUGUCUCCUGUCUGGGCCUUGGCACUUGGGUGACAUUCGGAGGUCAGAUCUCUGAUGAGGUGGCCGAACAGCUGAUGACUAUUGCGUACGAGAGCGGGGUCAACCUCUUUGACACGGCAGAGGUCUACUCUGGUGGGAAAGCAGAGAUAAUCCUGGGAAACAUCAUCAGGAAAAAAUGCUGGAGGCGAUCCAGUCUGGUGAUCACCACAAAACUCUACUGGGGAGGAAAAGCAGAGACCGAGAGAGGCCUCAAUAGAAAACACAUCAUUGAAGGUUUAAAGGGCUCCCUCCAGAGGAUGCAACUGGAGUAUGUUGAUGUGGUUUUUGCCAACCGGCCAGAUAACAACACUCCCAUGGAAGAGAUAGUGAGAGCCAUGACACAUGUGAUUAACCAGGGGAUGUCAAUGUACUGGGGAACAUCGCGGUGGUCUGCCAUGGAGAUCAUGGAGGCUUAUUCUGUGGCCAGGCAGUUCAAUCUCAUUCCUCCAGUCUGCGAGCAGGCUGAGUAUCAUUUUUUCCAGAGGGACAAAGUAGAAACACAGCUGCCAGAGCUCUACCACAAGAUAGGUGUAGGCGUGGUCUCCUGGUCUCCUUUGGCCUGCGGCAUCAUCACUGGGAAGUAUGAGAACGGCGUCCCAGAAACCUCAAGGGCCUCCAUGAAGCCAUACCAGUGGUUAAGGGAGAAAAUAAUGAGUGAGGAUGGAAGGAAACAGCAAGCCAAGCUGAAGGAGUUGGCUCAUAUAGCGGAGAAGCUUGGUUGUACCUUACCCCAACUAGCUAUAGCAUGGUGCCUGAGGAAUGAAGGCGUGAGCUCAGUACUAUUGGGAUCCUCUAAUCCAAGCCAGUUAACAGAGAAUCUCGGGGCCAUUCAGGUAAUUCCAAAGAUGACAGCGGGCAUCGCCUCAGAAGUGGAUCACAUACUGGGGAAUCGUCCGCACAACAAAAGAGACUACCAUCAUUAGUCCGGACCAACAGUCCUGAAAACUGUGCUCUGAAAGUGUAUCAAAGCUCACACACACACAGCCAUGGCACAGCAACCAGUGCCCGACUUUGCUGUAGUAAUCUUGUGUGUGACUGUAAAAAAGGUGUUCUGCUCGGCUCGUCCUCCACCACUUAUCAAUAUCAUAAAGUGAGAUGCUUGGCAAAUAAUGCAUGCUACAACCAUGGCGGCCGGCAGAUGCAGCACUGAGCCAACAAGAUCAUUUCUGGUAUGAGAUUAUCAUUUUUAUUUUGCAACUGUGUGCAGAAUAUUCAAAGUUUUGCAAUGAUUUAUAUAUGGGGAAGUGAGGGAAUUCAAGAAACAUCAUUGCCGUGCAGUGACUAACUUCAAGUUGCAUCUUUUUUUUGGUUUGUUUUACAAACUAGAAUUUGCCUCACUAGAUGUUCGUGAAAGCAACAAAACAUAUACAGUAAUACCUUGCAUAAUUGGGCUGUGUUGCAUUUCUUUUUGCAGCUGAAGCUCAAGUGUCAACAUGAUAAAUAGUUUCUGUAUGAACUGAGAAGAGAGUAAUGUCUCAUUUAUUUUUCAAAACAACUGUGCUAUACUGAUUGUAAUAUCAUUGACUUGAUAAGCAGUACCCAGAAAAAGCGUACUCUCCUGAUGCUUAUCGUCACCUGUUUUUAUUUCAACUUUGUGGUGAACAUAUUUGUCUUGUCACAGCUGGAGACAUGAUCAAAAAAGGAGCUUGUAAAUCCACCAAGCCAUACAGCUAAUGAAAACGCUCUGAAAAAGAUAACACCAUAUGGGCCCUAUUGCACCCUGAUCAUCAUGUGCCCCCACCCCACCUCAUCCAGAUGCCAGUUUGACUAGAUUGGUUUGUUUUGUUCUCUCUGUUCAUGUGUAUUUUUGGCGUAGUUCAUUCAGAUUUGUACAUAGAAAUA